UUCGCACGUUUUGGUGUGUGCUGUUUCAUCGAGUCAAAAUGCCGUCUUGUGUAUUAAAACACUGUAAAAGUUGUUCACAAAAACAGAAGAAAGAUGACGGAGUUUCGUUUCACAGAUUCCCGACUGACUUCGAUCUCCGCAACGCGUGGAUCCGCAUCAUCCGUCAAAGCAGGGAGGACAAAGACUGGACGCCGUCGAAAUUCUGCGUCGUCUGCUCGCUGCAUUUUGACGACGACGACAUGUACUUCACCAUGAAAGGUAGACGCUUAACCAAAAAGAAAGCUAAACCGUCGAGAAACCUCGGCAUCACUAGGGAGGAUAUAGCAGGGGCAAACCAAGACAAAGCGGGUACAUCCAUGGAAAUAUCCUUCGAACAUGUACCAAAUAUAAAAAAAGUACAAUGCAGUCCCUCUAAUGGUGUAUCGAAUGUGAAGAUGGAAGAAUCGGGUCCAUCUCAACGUAUAACGACCGUAAAGAUAGAGGAAUCGAGUCUCUCGGUGAAUAUGCAAGACAUAAAGCAGGAGCAGUUGGAUCCCUUGGACGGAAUCAACGUAAAAGUGGAGCCUGAUUCUACUCCUAAUAUUGUGAAAUUGAUGUCCUUUGAAGAAUUACCAUCAACAGAACCUUCAAAUUCCAUCCAAAUGCACGAAAUGCCCAGAAGCUUUUUAGAACAAGAUGAUAUCAGAGAAUCUGAUCUGGACUCCGUGUACGAUACCGCGAUGGAGAACAGAUUGAGGAAGAAGUUAAGGAAAAGCGAGAGCCUCUGUAAUAGUUACAGGUCGAAGCUGAGAAGCGCGCAGCAGAAGAUUCGACGGUUGGAGGAGAGGAAAUUCGCGCUGAAGACUAUAAUCGCCAAGAAGAUUCAGCGUGAUGUGACUUCCUCGAGCGAGAACCGGAUAGCGUCAGAACUCUUCCGUCACAUCUACCACAAGGACUCCAAUACGGAUAUUAUAUGCUCUGAGGAGUUCAGGAACUUCUGCUUCACGCUGUACGGUCAUUCGCCAACAGCGUACGAGUUCGUCAGAGAAACCUUCAACAAUUGUCUGCUAGAUCCCAGUAGAUUCACAGACAAAGGGCCAAUCAAUAGCUAUUCGGAGGUGUGCGCCCUUUAUGACUAUGUAGACUAUGUAGACGACUAA